UAAAACAAUAAAUUAAAUAUUUUCUUUAAAGGAAAGUGAAAUCUCGCUUAAUUUCUGCUUAAGCAUUGAAGUUUGUUACUGCAUCGAAAUCUUUUGUUUAUUUCACCCUCUGGCAUCACUACCUUUCGCUAUUUGACAUUUGACUGUGCUCUUUGUGUUUUUCAACAAUUCUGAGAGAGAGCAUACUUCAUUUUUAAUUUCUCAUAAACCACAAUACAGCAACAAUGCAAUGGGAAUAAAUGGCGAGCAAAACAACAAAAAAUUGCAGUAAGAGAAGAAAGCACACACAUCCUCAUUUACAAAUAACAAGAGCUGUCAAAUAAAGCAGGCGACGUCAAAUGCGGGAGCGCCGGCAGCUAGAAGUUCUUUUAAUUAGUUCUAAUUGAAAUAAAAUGUGAAAAGAAUCGUUCGUGAAAAUUAAAAUUAAAUGCAAAUAUCAAACGUAUUACGAAAACCUGUGGUAUAAGGUGAAGGAUCUAUGGUAUAUAAGGAUGAUGUGACGGUCUAGCAUUAUUAGAAAUCGGUUGGUAGCGAGAAAAAUUCACACGUCAAAGUGGGGUUUUGCAUUGUCGCCCAAAUGGUAAAUAGCAAAUACAAAUUGGAUUACUUUCUUGCAAAAUCGACUUUGUGUAUUCUCACUGAAUAUGGAGCACAAGGCAUAUUGUUUUUUUUUAUAAAAAAAAGAUUCUCAAAAUAACUUGAGUCGGUAAAUUCUAUGUAAUUGUUCUGUGUGUCGCGGUGAAGCGCCAAUAUUUUGGCUGUCUCAUAAGUUGCUAAUUUGUAUGUGCCCAUUGCCUUUUCGUACCGCUCUAAAGCAAACCAAAAACAAAAAUGUACAAAAAAUUAUAAAAAAGAACUCUAAUCACCAAAACACCCUCUAUAUAGCGUAAUGAAAAUUAAAUUGCCCGCAAAAAAGUUUUCACAGAACAGUAGCGCCAUUCAAUUGUCGCGCGCAACUAAGCAACUACGUGUAUAAACUUAUAUAUAUUUGAAGGCAUGAAAAAAUCAUAAACAUUAUAUUUGGUGUUGGUUUUGAAAUAUUUAAGUCUGAACACAAGUGAACAUUAAAUCAAAAUUAAAACAAAUAUUUAAAAUAAUUAACUAACAAAAAUCUACAGUGACGGAGCGGUGUAUGUCUACAGCGCUAGCGCUUGACAAGUUUUAACCCAAUGCAUAAUUAUAGUAAAUCCCUAAAUAUAUUGCUUCACUAAGAAUUAGCUUAUAAACACUAUAGCAUAUGCUUAUGGUGACGGUGCUUUAAUCAACUAUAAAAACAAAAAUAUAAAAACAAAUUAAUUUUGCUAAAAUUCUAAAUUCUCUCAAAAAUCAAAAAAAAAAAAAAAAAUGGUGCGCAGUCGCCGUUCGUUGUCCAAGGAAGAUGGUGCAUUCGUACUUACCGACAGCGGUGUAUCGCUCUCGUCGCCACCCGCCGCGCGCACAGAGCUCGGCGAUGGCGAGGAGCAGCAGUACGCGCAUGCCGCGUCUAAGAAAAAGCAAGUACGUCGGCGCGUUAGCGGCGCAAAAGCAACGAAAAGAGGACGAAAGAGCAAGGAUGUGCCCACCGCAGCUACGCCAGUGUCAAAGAAACAAAAAACUAGCUAUGCAACAGAUUUCACAGUUAGCGCAAGUAAUUCAGCGCCGGCACUAGAAAAAUUACAAGCCGCCGAAAUGCAAUUGGUGCAGGCAGAAGAGUCAUUCGCUACUGCAGCGGGCGAAAUAGGUGAUGUCGCUGAGUCUUCAAAUACUGAGAAAUACACAGUUAAGCAGAUACCAGAAGCAGCCGAUUUAACUAAUGUAGCACAAACAGCCGCAGCCGCAGCCGCUGAGGCUGUCAAUGCAGCCUUUAUUGUAAUACCAGCUGCUGUUGCCACGAGCGACACGAUUAAUUACAUGGAUGCAGCAGAAAAAUCCGUUAUUGUUCUGACGACAGUUUCAGAAAACUCCAUUUCAUUAGCUGAUUCGGCCUUUUCUGAGACAGACAUUACACAAUCGGCAGCCGAUUUGUCGGAGCUAAUCCACUCAACAAAUGACUGUACAAAUUCGCUUGCCGAUACAGUCUCUGUUUCGGAGUCGACGCUGACACCGGCAGCGAAUAAGCGCUCGGGUAAAGUGUUCAUGCGUAAGUUGCACGUUUGCCACAUUUGUUCGAAGCAAUUUCGUGGCAAUAAUGAUCUGCGUCGUCACAUGCUAAUCCAUUCGGACGAGCGCCCAUAUAAGUGCGAGCAAUGUGGCAACUGCUACCGACAGGCGGUCAACCUCAGAAAUCACAUCAACUGCGCGCACACAAAUCAACGGCAGUACGCUUGCGAGCAAUGCCCGAAAAUGUUUGCGGUGAAGGAGCGUUUGCGGCUGCAUAUGCGUCUACACUCGGGCGAAAAACCGUACGCUUGUCCAGAGUGUGAUAAACGCUUUGCACGCGGUGGCCAUUUGAAGCAGCACGUCAUUAGCCAUCACAAGAGCAGCAUCAAACAGUAUAUCUGUGAGAAGUGCUCGACCGCUUUCUCCACGCCCUCCAACUUGCGUGCACAUAUGGACCGCCAUGAAAAUGGACCCGAUCACUAUUGUGAGAUCUGUAAGGAACACUUUCCAAACGAGCCAGUGCUCAAGGCGCACAUAAACAAACUACACUAUAAGUUGGGCCAGUUCGACUGCGACAUCUGCAAGGAGACCAUCGAAGAUGAUGCACUGGCCAAGCACAUGAAGACCCAUACAAAUGUGAAGACACAUGUCUGCGAGGUAUGCAAGUCAUAUUUCAUGCAGAAGUCACAGUACAAUGUGCACAUGCGUAUGCACACUGGUGAGCGCCCGUAUCAGUGUAGGAUUUGCUGGCAAACUUACGCCUACUCCAGUGUUCUAAAGCUACACAUACGCAAGCACACGGGCGAGAAACCGUUUCAAUGCUUGAUUUGUACGGACGUGGUCGCGUUCUCGCAAUUAGCUCACCUCAAGACACAUAUGAAGAAAAUCCACAACCAAAUCAAUCCAUAUAUGUGCGAAGGCUGCCACCAGUUCUUUAAAAUCAAAGCGGAACUCCAAUCGCAUAUGCAACAAUGUGACAGCUGCAAUGUUGAUGUAGAGGAGGAGAAUGUCAAAAAUAAUGACUCGCAGACACUGUCACACCUACGCUUCCUUAUGGCAUUACUGCUGAAGAAAAUCUCAUCGCAGCAAAAGCUGCAGAAAUUAGGCUACGAGAAGCGGCUGAUCGAUAAUGUUAUCGUCGCUUCACUAAAGCUUGCCAAUCGCAAAGCGUGUGAGGAUCAGUCACUUUCGGCUAUCGCACGUAUGCGCCAAAAUGUUGAAGAAUUUCUCAAUUGGAUUGUGCCGGCAAAGGCAAUGGAGACAUUUCGGCAGGAGCAACAGUCCGUAGAGAACAUAUUGGACAAAAUAGUCACCAUGUAUAUGAAGCACAAGUGAUAGUGCAGCGUAGCGAGUAUCAAUGGCUGAUUUUUUUUUAUAAUUAUUUAUCGCUUUAGAACGUGCCAUAACAUUUAGCAUUAUCUGUCAGUGCUUUGCAAGUCAAUAUUUAAGCUAGAAUUGACUGCAUUUUAGUUUCUCACAUGAAUUUUUUAGUUUUUAGUAAUAUUUUCUAUCCUUUGCACUUUUCUUUCCGAAUAACACCAAAAAAGCAAUCCAAAGAUAUUUUUGCCAAAAGCUUGCUUUAAUAAGCAAUAAUUUAAGUUCUUUUUAAGUUAUCUCACCACCAAAGCAUUUACUAUCAAUCACUUAUUAACUGAAUACGAAUUAUUCACUUUUUCUUUUUUCUUUGUUUAUCUUUUUAUUGAAGUCCUAUCAAAUAUUGUCUAGCUCCUGUGCUUGAUUUUUUCCACAGAAAAUCAGCUAGUCAUAUCCGCAUAGUUUUCAAUAAAUUUAAAUUUAUGUUAUGCUAACAACUCUUGCCAUAUGUAGUUUUAGACUAUUGCAUUAUAAAUUUGUAAUCAAAAUAUUUCUUGCAUAAAUCGUGAAAUAAUAAAACAUGAAGCCAAAGUUCACAUUAAGUGGAAAA